UGGAUCCUGAAUUCUGCUGGGUUGGCUGCUGCCCAGACGACUGCCUGGGAUAUGAAACAGCCGCGCCAAACGCCUGAUGAAUGGACUGGGACUCCUGGGAGCGGAGAUAAAGGACCCGCUGCUCUAACUCAAGAAGAUGAUUACGGAGAGUCUCAAACGGGAAAUUUUGUCCAAAUAAGGACACAGCAGUGUAUAAAGAUUCAUACUCAGGUCCUAGACCCAUAAUAGUAGUUUUUAAAAUUUCACGCUGAGGCACAGGGCAAUUGAUUGUGGCAAGAUCAUCAGCUAAUGUUUUAAUUUCUCGCAAAUAAUUAUCCAUGGACUGAUCAGGUUUCUUUUUAAUUUGAUUAAAUAAACGCUUUAAUUCCAUAGAUCUCGCUAAACUAGCAGACAUAAAUCGAGACUCCAACCGCUCCCAAAUUUCAUAUGAAUGUUUUAAAUCACGUACAUUGAUAAGAACAUCCCUAGAUAGGGUUGCAAAUAACCAUGAACGGAUGGUUUGAUCAAUUCUUAACCAAGUAGAAAAUUCGGGAUUGUGAGUUUGACGGUUAAGAGCAUCUAUGGAAUAAGCAGGAGGUACCUGAAUGGAGCCAUCAACCAUGCCAAGGAGAGCUUGGGACACCAAAAACGAUUCGAACUGUGUACGCCAGGUAGUGUAGUCUUCCACCGCUAAUAAUUUGGUAGUUACAAUCUUUGUGAGGAGUACUCUGGGCGAGAUCUGUGAGGAGUGAGCCAGUCGGGGUGGCUGCUAGUGUGCCAACAAAAGUGGCUGCUAGUCUGGGCGAGAGGGAGGGAUGACAGAGGAGACACCAGGUGAGCCAACAAAAGUGGGACCGGCAAACGAGGAUCCAGCCGAGAAGGGUGGCAUGUAGAGGCCUGCGGCCGCUGGCAUGGCAGAUGGCUGCCACGGAAUUCCCGGAUGAAGAGUCUGAAACAGUGAGUAGGUACCGGGAAUGUCAGCGAUGAAGGAAGAAGAGGCUGGCGGCGGAUUCACCUGCGGCGGCGCGGUCAGAGGAGUGGCGGCGCUGGUGAUGACUGCGGCUGCGUCGGUGGCGGCUGAUGUGACCGGCGCCAUGGUCAAAGAAGUUGGAGCCACUGUGGAGAAUGCCAUGGAUCCGGUGGAGAGGACUGUGGUGACGCGGUGACUGGAGGGGACUGAGUAGGAGUAGAUGCGGUAGGAGGAGUUACACCGCUUGGACCCAGGCCCGUGGUGGGAGCAGAAGCGAUGCCAGGGGACGGCGGCGGCGCUUUGGCUGCGGAAGCCGUGUAGCGGAAAAAAAAAAUUAGGGAUUAGGGAAGAGAGAGAGGAAAAAAUUAGGGCUCUGAUACCAUGUGAAAUAAUGGAAAAGAUUGCUCCCUGAGGAGCCCUGACAGAUAUAUUUAUAUUAGAGAGAGUUUAAUGUAAAGUACAAUACUAAGCCUAUAAUAAUUUUAUUACUCUGUACGCCAAAAACAAGUUUGGAUUCGUCAAUGGCGAUAUACCGAUGCCGGCGGCGAAUUCCCCUUACUUACCAUAUUGGAAACGAGCUAAUGCGAUAGUAAAGGCAUGGCUCAACAGUAGCGUGGAGCUUGAACUUAGACAAAGCGUUAAAUUGAAGACUGCUAGAGAGAUAUGGACGGAUCUGGAUGAAAGAUUCGGCAAGGAAAGUGCACCCCGUGCAUAUGAAUUACGUCAACCCUUGUGGCGGUGCGGCAGGACGACGGCCAGUCCGUAUCAGCAUAUUUCAGUCGUCUAAGGCGUAUAUGGGAUGAAAUGGCGUCCAUUUCCGUGACCCCAAUUUGCACAUUUAUGAGAAUUGUUUUGAAAUAGUUGGGUAUCCGGCGCAUUGGAACGUACGUGGCAAAGAAAUUAAGCAUCAAGAAAGUAGGAGAGUGGAACCACGUGCAGACCAAUGAACGAACAAGUUCACAAAGAAAAGGUGGUCCUCCAGAGCAGCCAACGUUGACUCUUUGACCAGCCCCACCUAUUGAUUUUCUGCGGAACAGCUCAGCCGACUUGCACAUUUGAUGCAAUCCGAUUUCCAGUCUCCAGGAAAUGUGAUCGAGCAGCCAUCCAAUUCGCAGGUUAAUAUGGCAGGUAACACAUGGACUGCAUCAUCUUGGAUUAUUGAUUCAGGAGCAUCGGAGCAUAUUACUUGUGAAAAUACCAUGUUGGCGAAUGUUAUGCGGAAUUCGUCCGAGUCUCCAGUUCAAAUACCAAACGGUGAAGCCGUGCCCGUUCAUUCUGUUGGUAGUGUUAAUUUACCCAAUGGGUUGACACUUACCCGAGUUCUUUUUAUUCCUUCAUUUCAUUGCAAUUUAUCAUCUGCCAAUCGGCUUGCUAAGGAGCAUAAUUGUAUACUUACAUUUUUUGAGAAUUUUUGUGUGAUCCAGGACUUACCCUCGAGGAAGCUGAUUGAGGUGGCUAGGUGCCGAAAUGGGUUGUACUAUCUGGAGGAUCACAUUGGCGAGCGGGAGGCAAUGACAGUUUCUCCAAAUUUUGAAGUUUGGCAUCAACGUCUUGGACAUGCAUCUGAUGAGAAAAUUCGGCACAUUUUUCAGGAUUUCAAAAGGCCUAUCUCCUUUUGUGAUUCAUGUGUUCGAUCGAAACAAACUCGUAUUCCUUUUCCUACUGGUUGUAUUAAAACUCAACAAAAUUUUGACUUAAUCCAUUGUGAUAUUUGGGGAGGAUACAAUUGCCCUUCCUUUACAGGUGAACGAUAUUUUCUCACCAUUGUUGAUGACUAUACUCGCAGUGUUUGAGUUUAUCU